AUGGCGAGAGGCGGCAACAACAACAACCACUCACAACCCCCCACCAUGGAGGAGGGGAUGGCCAUGAUCAAUGGCUUAAGGGAGGAUAACGCGCGGUCCAGGGAGAGAGAGGAGGCCAUUCAGCGCGAGAACGAAGAGAUUAGGAGGAGAGCGGACGAGCUACAAGCCAGAAUGGCGGCUAGUACCAGGACUGUGGAGGAGGACGUCAUGCUGGAGGUCCCUAGAGACUUUCGACCGUUCUCGGAAGCCAUAGAGGCCGAAAUGAUCCCUAGGGAUCAUCGGAUACCACAGGUCGAACCUUUCGAUGGAACGCAGGACCCCAGUCAGCAUUUGACGGACUUCCGGGCUCAAAUGUUGAUCUGUGGAGGGAGCAUGGAAGUCCGCUGCAAGUUGUUCAUGGGCACACUCAAGAAGGCGGCGCUCGACUGGUUUAGCGGUCUUUCAGAUCGGUCGAUCACCGACUUUGAUGUCUUUAGCCGACUCUUCAUGGUGCAGUUCGCCGCUAACAAAAAGAAGCCGCCGAUCACGUCGAAUUUGUUCGACCUCAAACAACAACGCGAGGAGUCUCUGAAAGAUUUCCUACAAAGGUUCAACGAGGUCGCCUUGAGGAUAGCGUCGCUGGACGAGAGGAUGGCGGUCAUCGCAUUUCAGAAAGGUUUGAGGUCUAGAGCCUUCGACAUCGCGCUCGAAAGGGCGAACUGUCAAACGAUGUCGGAGAGUAAACGACGUGACCGAUACAACGUGAAGAAGGGCAAUUACAGGCAGGCCGAUCACGACGGUCGGUCAAGGGGCGAGUGGACGCGCAGCAAUGAAGAAGAGAAGUUUACUCCACUCACUGUUCCCAGGCGACAGAUACUCCACGAUGUCAACAGCGCAUCAUUGUUCGAGUUUCUGGCGGCGACGGAGCGUCAGUUGGGGCCCUUCAAAACCGAUUGGUGUGAGUUCCAUAGGGCUCACGGGCACUCCACUGAAAAUUGCUUCGUCUUAGGGAGGCAGAUUGAGCGCUUGAUCAAGGAGGGACGACUGAAGGAAUUUGUGGCGAGAAAGCAAGAAGGAAGUUCGUCGGAUAGGCGAUCCAGGCGCAUGCAGGAUGACACCAGGAGGGAUAGGCGUAGGGAGAGAACUCCCCCCAGAGACACACCAGCAAAGGUGUCAGAAACCCAUCAGCAGCCCAUCCACGGGGAUUUCAAUACCAUAGCAGGGGGCAUUGCCAGCGGGGGACCUACCUCUGCUGCCCGAAAGAGGUACUCUCGGUCGGUACUAACAGUAUCGGAAUUCAGGCGACCACCUCAGCCUGAGAUUUCGUUCUCAAAGUCGGAUUACGAAGGAGUAGCUCCUCAUGAGGACGACCCCGUCGUCGUAUCGGCGAUUGUCAUGGGGUACAUUGUGAAGCGUGUGUUGGUCGACCAAGGAAGUUCCGCAAAUAUUUUAUUCUGGGAAACUUUUGAGGGGAUGAAAAUACCUAACGACCGACUAAUUCCUUAUGCAGGGACUCUAGUGGGUUUUGCAGGAGACCAGGUCAUAACAAGGGGAUAUGCCGAUCUGGAGACGACCUUCGGCCAGGGUGCUCAGAUGAAGACGGUGGUCGUUCGGUAUUUGGUGGUUAAUGCUCAGUCAUCGUACAACAUAUUGAUCGGCAGACCGACCCUGAACAAGCUAGGAGCGGUAGUGUCUACUUCCCAUCUGAAGGUGAUGGAGCUAAGUUGA